AGAACUGUCACAACAAAACAACUAACGCAGAGCGUGCACUCAAAAAUUAGUCGAAUUUAAUUUUUAUGCAAAAUGUGUUCUCAGUGGAAGAAAUAUGUCCUGUGGUUUGCUCAGGAGCAUGUAGAUUUCCGGCAAGCUGAAAUAUCAUCUUUGUUGCGGUUAUGGAACAUGAAAAUGCGAACUGGCGCCGAACACAAAAGUGAUCAUCCGUUUUGGAUUGUUGAACUACCUGAUGAUGAAACCGCCAGAAAGUUGGCUUCACGUUCAAUGUCCCUACGGUGCAUAUUCGAACUCUGGUCACAUUCCACACUUCUCAGUGCAUUUCACGAUCAGCUAAACAUGUACAUUGAAAACAACAGAACGACGUUGAAACCUCUGUUUCAGAAAGAUCGUAGUUUUAAGGUAACCGUUGAGACUUACAAUAAGCAUUUUACGCAAGCGGAAAAAGUGGCUAAAAUGGAAACGAUGCAUUACCUACCGAUGCAAGGACCGGUUAAUCUUAGAACACCAGAUGUACACUUUUGGUACAUUGAAUUCUGGGGGCUUGACCCGAUGAGUGUACCCGACCAACCGAUCGAUAUUUUGUUCGGCAAAUGGGUGGCAGAUGGAAGUCGGGACACUAUAAAUGAAAUCUCGUUGAAGAAACGUAAGUUUAUCGGGAACACAUCAAUGGAUCCGCAGUUGUCCUUACUGAUGGCUAAUCAAGGAUUGGUGAAACCCGGUGAUUUGAUACUGGAUCCGUUUGUCGGUUCCGGUUCGUUACUGGUGGCAGCGGCAAAAUUCGGAGCUUAUGUUUUAGGUUCCGAUAUCGACUAUAUGACUGUUCACGGGAAGUCGAAGCCAACAAGGGCAAAUCAAAAAGUACGGGCAAGUGACGAAAGUAUCUAUGCCAAUCUGAAGCAGUAUGGUUGCGAGAGUUUGUAUGUUGACGUGUUGGUGUCGGAUUUCUCCAGGAGUGUUUGGAACGACCGGCUAAAGUUUGAUAGCAUCAUUACGGAUCCUCCUUACGGCAUUCGAGAAGCUACUGAACGCAUCGAAUUCAAAACACAGAGACGAGCCACCUGCUUGAACGAAGGGGUUGUUCACUAUCCGUCCACGUCCCCGUAUCAGUUCGACGAGUUAUACAGGGAUCUGCUUAAUUUCUCUGCACGAUAUCUUAAAAUGGGAGGACGAUUGGUAUGCUGGUUUCCGAUAUUGAGAAAAGAUUUCACCCCGGAGAUGCUACCGCGACACAAAUGUUUGGAACUGAUAGCUAAUUCGGAGCAACCAUUGUCCGUCUACAGUGCCCGUCGGUUAUUGACGUAUGAGAAAAUUUCCGACCGCCGGGAAGACAUGCUUUCGUACGAGCUAUCGCAGGUAAUGGUGGAAAACUUCCGGCAACGGUACAUGGGCAUGGUUUUACAAAAUAGUGGCUCCCGAAAAGAACGUCGAUUGGCACUGCGGAAAGCGGGUUGCGAGGAAGCUAUCAAACGUGGGAAGACGCUUGACGUCGACGGAAAGUGGAAGUUUAUCAAUCAGGGAAGUGGUGAAGAUACGGAUAAAUAAAUUACGCAUGUUUUUUUGCGUGAA